AUGGCGGCCGAUAAUGGGCGCGUUGUCUUUGCGCAAAUGGCUGGCAGGUUGAAGCCGCAGUUGCUCAGUGCGCUGAAUGCCAUGGAUCUCACGCACAUGACACCGGUGCAAGAGAAGGUCCUCCAACUCCCCACCUUCACCCAAGACUGCCUCGUGCAAGCCAAGACGGGAACGGGCAAGACCAUUGCGUUUCUACUCCCGGCGCUGCAAUCUCUGCUAUCAGCAAAAGACCUGGAACGCGAGUUUGUCGGCCUGCUGGUGCUUGCGCCCACGCGGGAACUGGCACAGCAGAUCGCGGAUGAAUGCGACAGGCUGACGCAGUCGUGCACUCCCCCCUUGGAAUGCCAUCUUGCUGUCGGAGGAAGCAGCAAGAAGUCGAGCCUGUCCAAGUUCCUGAAGGGGAAGCCGACAAUCCUGGUGGCCACGCCUGGGCGCUUGAUUGACUACCUCUCGGAGCCAGAACCGCGGCAAAGGUUGAGCAAGAUCCGCUGCCUCGUGCUGGAUGAAGCGGACCGCAUGCUCGAUCAGGGGUUUAUGCCCGCCCUGAUGCAGAUCCUCCAGCAGAUACCGCCCAAGGCGGAAGGGAAAUGGCAAGGCAUGUGCUUCAGCGCGACGGUCCCUCCAGAGGUCGAUAAGGUGCUGCACCUGGUUCUUGAUAAGAACCACGUCCGUAUCUCCACCAUCGACAAGAACGAGGCGCCCACCAUUGAGACGGUCCCGCAGUCUGUUAUCCCGGUCAGCUCCGUUGACGAGGUCCUGCCGACGCUGCACUCGGUCCUGUCUUGCGCCAAGGCCGACGACCCCGUUCUCAAAGCCGUCAUAUUCUGUCCCACCGCUCGGCAUGCGGGACUGCUUUACCACGUGUUUGGGUCUACCGGCGGUGCUGCGCCGCCGAGAUUGCCCGUCUUCCAGAUGCAGUCGCGCAUGGCGCAGGCCGCGCGGACACGCACCGUCGAGGAAUUCAAGGCGACAGACCGCGGCUUGCUGUUCGCAUCCGACGUGGUCGGCCGUGGCAUGGACUUUCCGGACAUCAACCUCGUGGUGCAGAUCGGGGUGCCUUCGGACAAGGACCAAUACGUGCACCGUGUGGGGAGGACAGGGCGGGCUGGCAAGGGCGGGCGUGCCGUGACGAUCUUGACGCCAGAGGAGAUGUGGUUUGUCAGGAACAACCCGGAAUUUCCGAUUGAGAAUGCCGGCCGUUUUACCCACCCCAAAGCCUCAGCCUACCCUUCGGCCGAGAUCAUCAAGAACGCCCUGGCCAAAGUUCCCGAGCAAACCAGGGUGCAGGCUUACAUCUCCAACCUCGGCUUCAUCAAGAGCCUCAUGAAGCUCUACCGCGUUGACCCGCCGACGGUUGUGAAGCUAGGCAACCAGUUCGCCAAGUCCAUCGGCCUGGACGAGCCACCGCCACUUGGGCAGAGCCUGGUGUCAAAGAUGGGCCUAAAGGGGGUGCCCGGACUCGUGAUUGAGGGCAAGGGCUUGGUGGUGGGCUCGGCGCCCGCGGCACCGGCCCAGGGGAGGCGGCCGCCGCCGCGCAAUCCGGCUGGCGCAGCUCCUAAAAAGGUUCAUCAUCAUGCUGCCGGCGGCGGCGAGAGGUCGCAAGGGAAGCCAGGGCUUGGGCCGGGGCAAGCACGUGGAUUUUCAACACGACGAGGAAAACCCACGGGAGCCGGCAAGGCGACUGCUGGGGCAAGUACAGAAGGCAAUGGUGGACAGAGUAGCGAGCCGCGGCCUAAGCGGCCUAGGUGGUAA